UCUCCUUUCCCAAUUAACUAACAGUAAUGGGGGUCAUCACCUUCUGGCCACCCUGACCCAAAACAUUGUUUCUUUCUCCUAGCUAGUUCUACGGUUCCCCCCAAAUUUUGAAUUGGGGGUUUCAUUCUGUUUUGCCCUAGAAUUUGCUUCCAAAAUCCAACCCCUUCCACCCAAAUCUCAAUUAAUGUUCAGCUCUGCAGGCACAGAAUUACACACACCAUUCUUCUAGGAACCUCAUAAUCAAAUUUAGUGGCACCAUUGUACCAUCGGCAAGCAAAAAUGGCAAUGAAGUUAACUAAGGAAGAAGCCAUGCCGGCGCCAGGAAAGCUUGAAAGCCUAACCUUACAACACCAACUGGUCAGAUGCUUAAGUAACAGCUUUUACAUCCGUAACUUGGUGUCUAAGCAACGGAGGAGAAUGCUUGUUGCUGGCUAUGAUCUUGACAUGUCUUACAUCACCGACCGCAUAUUGGCAAUGUCGUUCCGUGCAGAGCGGAUGCGUGCAAUGUAUCGAAAUAAUCUCUGGCAGGUCAAGUCUGUGCUUGAUAUGAGGCAUCCAGAACAUUACAAGAUCUAUAACCUCUGCAUUGAAGAGCAUUACUCUCCAUCGCAUUUCUAUGGCCGUGUGGAGAGGUAUCCUUUUGAUGAUAACCAUGUUCCACCUCUUGAAAUGGUCAAGCUUUUCUGCGAAAGUGUGCAAUCAUGGCUCAAGAGUGACCCGGAAAACAUUGCUGUUAUACACUGCAUGGCAGGCAAAGGUCGAACAGGCUUAAUGGUAAGCGCGUAUCUGGUCUACCGUGGGAUGUCAGCAGAGGAAGCACUUCAACUCUAUGCUCAUAGACGAACCACCAAUAAUGAAGGAGUAAGUCACGUCACAUUAGGCAUACCUGAGGCGUUUUCGGGAGAGCCUUGCAGCCUUGAGGCAUAAGGCGCAUAAGGCGUAAGCCUUACAAUAUAAAUUUUUGUCGUCAC